UCCUCCUCCUCCUCUUCGCCUUGAGGGUCUCCUGGACGGAAGCGACGCCGGGCUCGCGGGGCUUGGACUCGCCCCAGCCUCAUGGCAGCCUCGGAGCCCCCCUCCUCCGCCGCCGCCUCCGACGCGGCCCAGGACCCCAACACCGCCAGCCUCAGACCCACAACCUAUGACACCUGGUGCGGGGUGGCCCAUGGCUGCACCAAGAAGAUUGGGCUCAAGAUAUGCGGGUUCCUGCAGCGCAACAACAGCCUGGAGGACAAGGGCCGCCUGGCCAGCGCCCUCAAGGAGCGGCAGGCCUCCCGGAACCUACGCGUGGCCGCCGGGGAGAACAGCGAGAACGAGGCCCGCUUCCGCAGGACCGAGACCGACUUCUCCAACCUCUUCGCCCGAGAUUUGCUUCCAGCCAAGAAUGGAGAGGAACAGACGGUGCAAUUCCUUCUGGAGAUUGUGGACAUUCUCUUGAACUACGUGAGGAAGACCUUCGAUAGGUCCACCAAGGUGCUGGACUUCCACCAUCCCCAUCAGCUCCUGGAAGGAAUGGAAGGCUUCAACCUUGAGCUUUCCGACAACCCAGAGUCACUUGAGCAGAUUCUGGUGGACUGCAGGGACACACUGAAAUAUGGAGUCAGGACAGGUCAUCCUCGAUUUUUCAACCAGCUUUCUACAGGGCUUGAUAUCAUCGGCUUGGCUGGAGAAUGGCUGACAUCUACUGCUAAUACGAACAUGUUUACGUAUGAAAUUGCACCUGUUUUUGUCCUCAUGGAGCAGAUAACACUUCGGAAAAUGAGGGAAAUUAUUGGAUGGACAGAUAAAGAUGGAGAUGGAAUCUUUUCACCUGGUGGUGCUAUAUCCAAUAUGUAUAGCAUCAUGGCUGCCCGCUACAAACAUUUCCCAGAAGUCAAAACCAAAGGCAUGUCUGCAGUGCCUAAACUGGUUCUCUUUACCUCAGAACAUAGUCAUUACUCAAUAAAAAAAGCUGGAGCUGCACUUGGUUUUGGAACUGAAAAUGUGAUUUUGAUAAAGUGUAAUGAAAGGGGCAAAAUAAUACCAGCUGAUUUAGAAGCCAAGAUUCUGGAUGCUAAACAAAAGGGAUAUGCGCCUCUUUAUGUGAAUGCAACUGCAGGCACAACUGUUUAUGGGGCCUUUGAUCCAAUUCAUGAGAUAGCAGACAUCUGUGAAAAAUACAACCUUUGGCUCCAUGUUGAUGCUGCUUGGGGAGGUGGAUUACUAAUGUCCAGAAAGCAUCGCCAUAAACUGAAUGGAAUAGAAAGAGCCAACUCAGUCACAUGGAAUCCACACAAGAUGAUGGGAGUGUUGUUACAAUGUUCUGCUAUUCUUCUUCGGGAAAAGGGUAUACUUCAGGGCUGCAACCAGAUGUGUGCAGGAUAUCUAUUCCAGCAGGACAAGCAAUAUGAUAUAACAUAUGAUACUGGAGAUAAAGCAAUACAGUGUGGCCGACAUGUGGACAUCUUCAAAUUCUGGUUGAUGUGGAAAGCGAAGGGCACAGUGGGAUUCGAAAGUCAAAUCAACAAAUGUCUUGAAUUGUCAGAAUACCUGUAUAAUAAAAUUAAAAACAGAGAGGAGUUUGAGAUGGUUUUCAAAGGAGAGCCCGAACACACAAAUGUUUGUUUCUGGUACAUUCCACCCAGUCUCAGAGGGAUGCCAGACUCAGAGGAAAGAAGAGAGAAACUACAUAGGGUGGCACCCAAAAUCAAGGCUCUGAUGAUGGAAUCGGGUACCACGAUGGUUGGAUACCAGCCUCAUGCAGACAAAGUCAAUUUCUUCCGAAUGGUUGUUUCAAACCCCGCAGCUACCAAGUCUGACAUUGAUUUCCUUGUGGAGGAAAUAGAAAGACUGGGGCAAGACCUGUAAUCUACUUGAAUGACCUGUUUCACUUCUCUAGAGCUCUAUUUUCCAGUACUGGCUUUAAAUUAAAAACAAACCAACAAAAACCCAGUUCUGUAGCACACAUUUUAAGGUAAUCCCUUUAUAAACAUUUAAUUCAUCCAAAACACAGUCUUUUAAAACAAUGAUAGAAUUACUCCUUUAGAUUACUAAAACAUAUAUGCAUAUUAGUAGGUUACUUUAACAUUGGGGGUAGGGAAUGUAUUAUCUUGAAAUGUAUCUUUGACCUUAUGUAAACCCAGUAAUUCCAGGUAGCAGGAAGCUAAAUGUACUAAGAUAGCCAGUUAAGAAUGUAUAUGAUAUAAAUAAAAUUGUGAUAACGCCUAAAAGUAGUUCAUAGUAUCUUCUCGAGUGCAGAGGUAUUCUUAGUCAAGGACUGCUUUUGUGGAGACUGUUUUUUGUCUAUGUUGAUAUGUUAAAAUACUUACCCUGUAUACUCUUGUAUGAGUCUAGAAGUUUUAGUCAAAAAUCAGGGGCAACGUUGGCGCAGUGGGUUAAACCCUUCUGCCGGCUAAACUGCUGACCUGAAGGUUGGUGGUUUGAAUCCAUGAGAUGGAGUGAGCUCCCAUCUGUCAAGCUCCAGCUUCCCAUUCAGGAACAUGAGAGAAGCCUCCCACAGGAUGAUAACACCUCUGAGCAUCCCCGGGCGACGUCCUUGUAGACGGCCAAUUUUCUCACACCAGAAGUGACUUGCAGUUUCUCAAGUCACUUUUGACAUGAUUUUAAAAAGUAAAAAAUCAACCCAAAAAAAUGGGAACCCUGUCAAAAAAGAACCACCCCCUCCUCUGAGUCGAUUGGUGAAAGGCAAGAGCUUAGCCCAUCCCAGGAGAAUCUAAAAGAAGCACCAACUUCUUCUUCUUUCUCUGAGAUGGGGGUGCUUUGGGCCUAUUUGAAUGCCUCGGCAGGGAAUGGUAGUGGCCGACAGGCAACUGAGCCCUGAGUUGCCAUUGGUGCCUCUUCGCAGAAUGACCUGCCACUAGUUCAUUGGUUGUAUCAAGAUUCUUAAUUUUGGCCCCCAAACCUGCCCUCGGCUUACACAUGAGAUCGACUUAUACAUGAGUAUAUACAGUACAACAUGCAACAUAUGGAUCCAUCAGAGCAUUACUUGGUAAAUUAUACCCCAGCACUCCCAUUCUAGGCCCACUGUUUUGCUGUUUAUCCCAUUCAUUGCAGUGGAGCACAUUCACAGAUCAAUGCAUGAUGCCAGACACACGCCACUGGUCUGUGCCCGGUUUGCUGCUAAUUUUACUUGGCACAACCAAGCCAAAGUUAAGCAUUUUUAAAGCAGCUAAAUAACAGGGCUUUAAGAGAUCUUAACUUUGAGGCAAUUGUGUCCAGCAUGUUUGGAUUGUGCCCACAUUUUGAACUGGGGUCUGGAGAAGCCAAUGUGUCUGUCAAACUAUAAAUCAUGUGGUGGCCAAUAACAUGUGGCAUCCAAGGUAAAAUUGGAUAAAUAAACAUUUUUAAAAGGGUAGAGUCUUAGAAACGUAGGAAAAUAUUUAAAUUUUAUUGCUGGUACUUCUCUGAUGCACAAAAGUGUAAGGGACAAAUUCUAAGGAGAACCACCUAGUAGUUGUAUGUAUGCCCCCUUAGUUGGUCAUAUCAGGGGGAUUGUAGUAGACUUGUAGCUGAGUUGUUGUAAUAGGCAAUAUUAUUGUUGUAUUUUUUAGGAUUUGAUUUGUGUAGACUGUGUACAUUAUUGUUAAAUGGGGUUGGGGAGGAAUUAUAUGUCAUAGUUUUCCAGCAAGAUAACUGUUCAUUUCUCUCUAUAUGAACUGUUCGCUUCUUUAUAUGCAAAGAUUUACCAUGCUAAAGAGUUGUCUUGUAUUUUCUUCCAUUUGUAAUGUAUCCUAUUUAUAUAAUUAUCAAAGUUCUAAAUAAUGUUUAUUGGUAUUUUAGUGUAUUUGUGAGCCAAAGAGAAGAUGGAAAAUUAGUUGACACAUUUAUAUAAUAGUGCCCUUAAAAUAAUAAUUUAACAGAUAAUUUUACUGUCUAUAAGGAACCCUAACAUUGUAUAUAGAUUUUAGCCUAAUGGAAUCCUUUCAUUUUAAUAGAAAUGUCACUUUUACUAAUUGUACUGUAGUCUGGCUGUACGUUUAGUGUUUUGGAUGCUUUUUUAGUGAAUCAUGGAUGUUUAAAACCGGGCCCCUAUGUUCCCAUGGUUGUUCAGGGCCAAAUUCUGUACUUAGUUUAGAGAAAAUAUUUGGCAAGGAUAUGCAAAGACGGUUCUGUGGAAGAGUCCCUAUCUCUCUGUCUCCUGAAUGUCGGAAAGGUGACUCUCAAAGUCAUUUGGAGUUUACAAGAGAGGAGCAAGAGGAGGAGGAAAAGCUUGCCACAGAACAUUUUGAGUGUGGCUGCCUUGCCACAAUAAUUUUGCAUUGUACAGUUAUCAGAUUUUAUUAGCUAGGCCGUCAAUAUUACGAGUCCUCAGUUGACCGCGCUGCUAAAGAGGAAGCAAAAUUCGCAGGACUGACAGAAUUUCUCGGAUCAAGAGACAUCUGCCGAUUUUAAAAAGCUUCCCAAAUACGCUGCUAUGGCUGUUAGCUUCAGUUAAUGCCUCAUAUUUCUAGUGCAUAAUAAACUUUAAGAGACUACAGCCCUGCACAAAGUUACCCACACACCAGUCCCGUUGAAAUGAAUGGAACGUGUGAAAAUCAACAGGAAUUGCGCACAGAUAACUUUGUGCAGGAUUUAUGGCCUGGAUUUUAACAAAACAGUGUUAUAUUAGGGGGGAAAAACAUUAGCAAUAUUUUAAUGAAUGUUUGUUGGGAUUUAUGUUGAUUUUUACCUUUUUGGUUCCAGGGAUUUUCACAGUGUGGAAUGAAUAUCACUUUAAAGUCCACAUUACUUUAGAGAGCCUUGCAACCUCAUCACUCUAGAGAAUGAAUCUACUUAAAAUCCAGUUUCUGCCUCUUGCAAAAUUAUGGGAUUUGUAGUUUAGGAGGGUUAUUAACAGCCUCACUAAACUACAAACCCCCAAAUUCUGCAAGAGGCAGAAACCGGAUUUAAAGCGGAUCCAUUCUCUAGUGUGAAAUAGCUUGAUACUGUUGCUGUUAUUAUCAUCCCCUUUACGGUCCCUCAUAAGCUUGGCUGGCUCUUCUGCAUUCAAGUGCUCAGCACUUCUGGACUUUGUUGUGUCUUUUUUGACGGUCUUAAAUAUCCAUAUGGUAUUUUGAUAUCAUAUGGGUGGAACAAUUGAGAAGCCAUUAAGUAGAGUCUUAACACCUGCUUUCUCUAAUUAAUCUCUAAAUAUAGAAGGGUUUUGUCUAAAUAAAAAAAACAUACAUCUGUAUUUUUAUAGACAGAGUGUAUCAUGUCGUCUCUUCCCUUUUGUCUAUUUGGGAAAGCUUUUUUUUCCUUCAUCUCUUGCUGCACUUCUGUCUCCAGACAGCUUCUUCUAGUAAAAGACCCUCCUCCAUACCCCCACAAAACCCAUUAAUCUUUUCAAAGCAGUGGAGUAAAGCCUAUUGGUCUUUUCUUCCUGUUCUACAAACCCUUUUUUUCAGUCUGACAUACAGGAGAUGAUCUAUUUUAUUUCACCCAGAGCUUUUUGUGCUCAUAAAAUUACUUUGUCAUCCUGUUCCUGUGCUAUAGACAUCUUGCUAUUUCUGCUUCAGAGCAAUUAUUUGUUUUAUGAUACUUAUAUGCAGGAUGGUAACUGGCAAGAUCAUAUUUUUUUAGCUGUCAUCUCCCCAUAUGAGGCUGUCCUGGCUUGUUGGUUGCUUAAAGAAUUUUUGUGGGUUUAUUUUUUUUGCUUCAAGUGGGCCAAACAUAUUUCAAACUUUUUUUUUUUGUUAGUAUUGCUAGCCUUUUUGACAUUUGGGACUUUUACUGCAACCUUCAGUGUUUCCAAUGACCACAGUAUUGGCUCUAUUGGUUUCCCUUUCAUGCAUCCUCACAGAAAUAUGAAAGAAUCUCAAUGUGAUGCUUCAUUUUUCCAAGGUACUAAGGUAGUGGUUCUCAACCUGUGAGUCCCCAGGUGUUUUGACCUACAAUUCCCAGAAAUCCCAGUCAGUUUAUCAGCUGUUAGGAUUUCUGGGAGUUGAAGGCCAAAACAUCUGGGGACUCACAGGUUGAGAACCAGUGUUACAAGGAAACACUUGCACGCCAGUCAACUGACUGGUAAAUAUUGCCAAUGGAUCAAAUAUUAAAUAUUUUAAAAAUGUCACAUUGAUCUUAGUGACAAUCUCUAAUUUCAAUAUUGGAUAAUUUUUAUUUUUUGUGUUAGCAAAGACUGCUUGCUCCCAAGUCCUGCAAGCCUGACAGCAUAGCAAAGGUUCUGCCAUUACCUGCUGUAUCUAUCUACAGGGACCUCCAGACAGGAACAUGAGGAACCAUUUAUGGCCAAGGCCACUGCCUAGUGGGUAGAGAGAUGGAUUAAAUACCAGGAGACCCCAGUUCAAAUCUCCACUCUGCUCUGAAGCUCAUUGGGUGAUGUUGGAAUCAGUUACACACUCUCAGCCUAACCUACCUCACAGGGUUGUUGUGAGGCAAAAAUGGAGGAGGGGACUAUGUAUGCUACCCUGAGCUCCUUAGGGAAUGGGUGGAAUAAAAAUGUAAUAAAAUAAAAAAUAAAUACAUUUUUAAAAAGCGAA